AUACCUGUGUGUAAUACCUAUUUGACAUAAUGAAUUUCAAUGUGACAAAGACUAGCUUCUUCAAAAUCGUUGUUCAAAAUGAUUAAAAUAUCAAACUUUAUGAAAUGAUUUAAAAGCAACAAACAUGUGAUUACCCACGUAACCUUCCUUCUAAUGCAGUAAUCACCAAAAUGGAGCCCACCAUAACAGAAGAUGAAAGCUUUGCAGAGCGCCGAAAACUAUUCAAAGAUAUCUGGUACACUGCUAUGAAUCUGGAUGAUAACAAAGAAGGUGCUGAUACUUCAGGCAAACCAAAAGUUAUAAAAACAGCAAGACUACCCGAAGUUAACCAAUGUAUGGUGGGCAAGAAAAAAAAGCGACGCCUGAAGAAUCUCAGAACUGUUUGCAAUAAGUUGUUAGAUUUUUGCGAUCAACAGGAUGCGAACGACUUGUAUUAUCAGCAGAUGGCGGAAGCUGGUAAAAAUGUAAUUAAGGGGAAGAGAAAACGUAAACUUUUAAGAUCCAGAAAUAUGUUUGUUCGUGCACAGAUCAUGGCAACAGCGUUUGAAAAAAUUUAUGAUUUAAACGCAAAAAUAUCAAGAAACCUCUCCCCUAUCAUGUUUAGCCAGACAUCAUUGAAUGUGACGACAGCAUCUAGAAAUGAUAGUAAUAGAAACGGGACGAGAAAAAGUUCUAGAAUUGUAAAGAAAGAAGUUAGCAAAAAUAAUAGAUCAUCUGAUCUCAUAUAUGGAGGUAAAUUGCAGUACAACGUUAUUCGCAAAGUACAAUCUAAAAAGUUACUCCCCAUGCCUAAAAUAAACAUUUUUUAAUAACUA